ACAUUCUACUACGACAUUAAUUAAUCAAUUGCACUUAACUACAGAACAGCCGACAUUCUCGUCCAAAACCUGCCACCUUCCACCAACAGAUGGCAGCACCGCCUCCGUAAACAAAUACAUCCUCGUGGAAAAUUCCGAAUACACAGACGAAAUACUCACACCCCAUUAACUAACUACAAAAAUAUAGACUGUAAUAUUCCCCCCAAAUUAACACAGUUAAACAUACGGGACAACAAAACCAGCCAAGAGAACGCAAAUGACGAACGGGGAAACGGGAAGUAAUUAAUCCAAGCGUCUGCGAGAGAGUCCCUAAUUCGGGUCAGUCAGCAGCAGGGCGUCAAGGUGCAAAGGUGUGGAGUGAGAAGUGGCAGUGUUGCAAUACUGCAUGUGGUUAUUUGGAUUUUUAGAAUUGGAGAGAAAUGACCUAGGUGUCUUCUGCGACUACACAAUAUCCAGAUAUAGCCUUCCAUACACUGCGUUUGGGUCUUCAGUUUUGAAAAGUACCACGUGUGUACGGUUCCUAAAGUCAAACCCUGCUAAAAUGGGGGAUGCAGAGUACAACAUUCUAUUAUGUCAUGGGUCCAGUAAAUACGAGGUGGUGGUUUGGGGCGCCAUGACCUUGGCUGACUUGGCCAGUAAGAUUGAGGCAGUGACUCAUAUCUCUCAAGCCAGCCAGAAGAUCAUAUUCAAAGGGAAAAACCUGGCUGACCCGGGUGUGACCCUUGCCAGCUAUGGCAUUGGGCCCGGGGCAAAAGUCAUGGUGUUGGGGAAGAAAUACGAUCCUGAGGAUGAUGCUAGUUAUCAAGCUGUGGCCCAGAUUGAUAAUUCAUGCUCGGCCGUGGAAAAAAAGCUGAACGACUUAUUGCCUGAAGUCGACAGUAUUGCUAACGGCUACAUGGAACCUCAUUUGUGUGGAGAAGCGCUUGGGAAGCUGAAAAAACAACUGCUUGGGGUGAAUGAGGAGUUCAUGAGGUUACUGGAACGACUUGAUGGAAUAUCCUUCGAGGAGAAUCAAGCACCAGCAAGACAGAAGAGGAAGUCCGUAGUGCAGAGAAUCCAGCAUUUAAUGGAAAGGACUGACCAAGUACAAGAAAAUAUUAACCACCUAAUUAAGAGCUAUUCCUAGUAACAGCUAGAACUUAGCUUUGUGAUGAUAUGCUCCACGAACAAGUAGGCAUUGGUGGUUCAUUUUUUUUGCCGAGUUUGAUGCUGUAUUCUAGUGUGUGGCAGAGCUGAGAUGGCUAUGGCAUUUACAAAUGUCGUGCAAUUUGUUUUCUUUU